AUGGACCUAAGCCUGCAGUUGAUUAUAGACACAUAUGCGCUGUUCUCUCAAUUUCAUAUAUUUGUUCCACAAGAUGAUUGUGAUAAAGUUGAAGGACUUCAAGUUAUGUUUAACAAAAUGCUAGAAAACUCUAAGAAAGUGUCAGAUCGUAUAGCGGAUAUGGAGGAACCAUUACUCAGAGAACUUAAUGAAGGUAUUGCAAUAUUUGUGCAAGAGUUUGAUGAGUUUAAUCGCAACUUUGAAGCAAAUGGUCCAAUGGUUGAAGGAAUAUCUGCCAAAGAAGCUAGCGAACGGGUAUUUCUAUUUCAAAAUCGUUUCGACGAGCUUUGGCGUAAAUUUGAAAUGUACAGCAGUGGUGAAAAACUUUUUGGUUUACCUAUAACGGAAUACCCCCUGCUGCAUCAGCGCUAUUUCAGAUUAUUAUGA